AUGGAGGCAUCAGCAGCGCUUUCUCUGUUUAAGGCGAUCGGUGUUGCCAACGACCGAGGUUGGAUUAAAGAACCUAAGCAGAGCAGCCUCUUCAAGGAUGGCGAGAGCUCUAGAACUUGCCGUAAGAAGUUUGGAAGCGGCACGUCGGACCCCAGAAGUGGUCGGCAGAUUCUCUUUGCCAGCGACCCAGCGAUUCGUGACGACGGCACCUACCGGCACAAAUCUCAGCUUCGAGAUGACCGCAAGGGGUCCUUCACCAAUAAAAUCGGCGGUGGGCCCGACAAAGACAUGACCAAGACAUCUGAUAUGUGGUUCGCCCAACUCGUCAACCUGAAGGGCUCACCCAAGGGCGAUGAGCGGGAUGAGCUGAUCCUUGCACCCUCAGACAAGUCGGAUCGUAGAUUCACUGUCUAUGUGAUAUCAGAUAUCAGAUGGGGUGAUGUUAACGGUGACGGUUUGGAUGAUUUCAUUUGUAUUCAGACCAACGGAGAGUUAUACGUCUCCAUCAAUAAGGGUGGAAGCCCGCCUACAUUUCAGAACUACAAGGGGCAGGAGAUGGGCCUCGGCCGCGAUCGAGUACGCCUGGGAGAUAUGGACGGUGACGGUCGCUUAGACUACUGUGUUAUCUCGAAUGCUGGCAAUAUUCAUUGCUGGCGCAAUGGAGGUAUCGGAGACAAGGCCGCGUACUGGCAAGACAUGGGUCAGGGAUCACAUAUCUUUGCGUCCCAGAACGCAGGAGAUAUGCGAGGCGUACAACUUGUCGAUAUGAACGGGGACGGCCGCUAUGACUGGACAUGGAUGAGCAAGGAGGGCCAAGUCAAGACAUUCAUCAACCAACGAGGAGACGGCAAGGGUAUGAAACCAUUCUGGCGAGAGGCCGGAAUAACGCAUCCUGGCCGUGGCUUUAACAUUGGUGAAGACCGCGAGUUCAUCAAGUGGGGCCGAAUAUUUAGCGGACGCCCUUCAUAUGUCAACUGGCAGCGCGAGGGUUUGCUUUGCAAUGGAGGUAUAACGUGCCGAAUCACUUACCAAGUUUGGGAGAACCAGGGAGAGGGGAGUACUUCACAAAAAGGUGAUGGUAUCUUCUGGGGAGACACAACUGGUUCCGGCGUAGACGACUACGUUUGGAUCUCUAUGCACGGAGAAGUCAAUGUGUUUGUUAACAAGAAUACGCGGAGCAAACACGACUUUUACCAAACUAACGCUUGGGGAACGCCAUCUAUGAUCAAUACAGGGCUCCCGCGCCGGGCAUUGCACUUAGCUGAUUGGGACGGAGAUGGUAAACACGACAUCAUAGGCGUGACUGACCUCAAGACUGGUGCACUCAAGGUGUGGUACAGUCGAUACAACAACGGAAAGCAUAACUGGGAUGCACAGAUUAUCCCCAAUCCGCCUGGCAGGGCAUGGUGCACUCAAGGCUUUGGACGACUACCUUUUGACAACGCCCACCAUUUUGCCGAUCUGACGGGCUCUGGCAGAGCGGAUUACAUCUGUAUGGCCCCAAGUGGCCAAGCCUGGGCCUGGAUUCGAGGUAAGGACGGUGUUGCAAAGCCUUCAAGGCAGAUAAAGUACACGGAAGACCUAGACCGGGCCAACUUUCAGUUUGCAGAUAUCAACGGUGACGGCAAAGCCGACUUAAUCCACAAAGACAAGUUCAGCGGCGACACCCAAGUCUGGUAUUUUGACAGGGUUGUCUCUGAGGCUGAGCGACCUGGAAACUCGGGUAGCAUCAUUAAAUGGGAUCGGCCUGAGAGGUUGUUCCGUGGAUCGGUGCGGGGACCAGAUACUCACUACCCACGUCUGAACAACCAAGGUCGCGCUGACAUGGUCUACGCCAAGGCCACCAAUGCACAGGUUCACAUCUCGUUCAACGUAUGCCCCGCAGGAGGAGAUGAUGAUGAGAGAGAUGCAGACUUCCCCACUUACAGGCCCCCUGAGCUUUCUCCAGACCCUGAAGGCGACUGGUUCUGUGGCAAAGGUAACGGAGCCAAGUGGACUACCAGUCUCUGGCGCGAACAUGGUGUCGGUACCUGGCUAAGGCAGAGAACCGAUCUCUACAGCGCGGCUGAGAACAGCUGGCCCAACGAUGACGCGAAAGGUGUCCCACGUAUCAUUGCCGAAUACGGUGUUUUCAAUCGCGAUCGUACCUUCAACUGGCAUACAUCCUGUCGAGCAAUCAGCGACUCUUGUGACUUUGUCAAUCCUCUUGAGGAGGCAGAUGAUUGUUCGAAACACCAGGAAAGAGCCUUUGCCCUUUGGGCCAUGGGAAACUUUGCCCUGUUCCAGCAAAAAUGGUACAAGGCAGUCAAGGAUGGCGUGGACUCUGCAUCCAAGUCAUCAGGCGCUAUUGCCGACACAUUCUUGCCUUUAUCGGCCGAGGAUGCGCUUGCUAACCCGGCUGCGUGGCUUACUAUCGUGGCUGGCAUGUUCACCACAAUAGGUGGUAUCGCCCCUGGAAUGCUUGUUAAUGGUGUCAACUUUGUUGCAGGUGUCUUGACCAUUGGCGCCGGCGCUGCCUCGUUUGGAGCAGAUUCGACUGAGCCGAGCCCGCAGUUCAAGUCAUUUGCGAGCCUGGACAAGGCCCUUGGCGAUAUGACGCCACCCAACAAUGAUAGGGCGCGUGGCUCGGAGCUGGCUCGCGCUAUUGAGUCCGGUAUCUGGGCCAACCAGGAUAUUGCACAGGCUGACUCGGAAACCAUAUGGGAUAGCGGAAGGGUUCAAUCCAUGAUUGAGGCUGCUAUGAUCAGUGAGAUGUGGAAUACCGGAGAGGUCGCCAUCUUCAAAUGGUCCAAAGAUCACGACUUGACUAAAUGA